AACAUACUUGAAAUUGUGUCUUAAUUGAAUUCUUUAAUCCCUGGAACACUGGGACACACCCUCAGCUUGUCCAGUACUUUUACACAUAAAUUAAUCCAGCUUUGUUGAUAUUGUCAGUGCAUAGAAAAGAGUUGUGAAAAUAAACAGAAAUCUUGCCUGGUUUCUGAAUACAUCUCAUCCCAUUAGGGAAUAACAUGAAAAGCCUGAUGCACGCACAAUAAAUCCUUACAUAAAGAGCUAAUCCUGCAAUACAGUUUAGACAAAUGACAGCAAAACUGCAAGGCCCUUUUACUGUGAUAUAAUAACAGAUUAAACACACCUCAAAGUAGUACAAGGAUAAUGACAGGGUCGGUGAUGCUCAUGUUUGAAAUUCUGUAUUAAUCUAAAAAAUAAUAUCUAGAUCAAAAUGGCUUAAAUAAAAAUAAAAAUAAAAUCAAAAAGAGAUGUUACACAUGUCAAACUGUGCUCACCUUCAAGCACAUUUAGUUCCAUUGCUAGAAACUGUUGGCAAAAUAAUCCUAAACCUUCACAAUCACAUUGAGGGUCUGAUUCAGUGAAGCUGCAGCACCACCUAGUGGUGAAUUCAAGCAAUUUCCCUUCUUUGAAGACAAAUCCAACAUGGCUGCUCCCUUGUAGACGUUUCCUGGGAUUGCUGUUUGUGUGAAGAAGCUGCAAACCAUGUGGGAGCUCAGCCACCAUGGAUGCCAAAGAAAUCAUCCAUUGUGCACUGCAGAUAGAGAAAUUCACUGCAGACAGAAGCUAUGGGAACAUCUUGACCCUCCUUGGUGACCUUGAUAAGUCUCAGAUCACAGCAGAGCAGCUGGAAACGACAGACAUCGUCAAAGUUCUUUACCGGGUCCUGAAAACCUGCUCUGACGACAGCGUGAAGAAGACAGUUAAAAGCUUGUUGUCCAAGUGGAAAAGACAAUACAGUAAGGAUACACAAGGGGUGAAAUGCACAGAGGAGAAGGGGCAAGGGGUCUCUCAGAGGGUUUCUCCACCACAUGAGGCUGGGGGUGGAGGAGUUCCUAAACAGGGGGUUUCCCAUUCUGGUUCAGCAGAGACACAUGACAGUGCUGUGGAGAACGUGAAGGCUGCUGCAGAACAAGAAGCAUCAUCUACAGUGGAAAAAGAUGGCCUCCAGACUGCAGAGAGCACAUCUGCAUCUUCUGAUUUCCCAUCUGUAAGAUCCAAAUGUGUCCAGCUCCUCCUCGCUGCCCUCUGCCCUGAACCUCCUGAUCAGGCCAAGGCUACACAGUUGGCUAGAGACAUUGAGCAGCACAUCCACGAGCUCCACAAAUCCAGUCAAGUCAAAUACAAAACCUGCGUGAGGAGCAAAGUAGCCAAUUUGAAGAAUCCUAAAAACUGUCACCUGCGUCAGGGCCUCCUGAGCGGCUCCCUGUCUCCUCAAGCCUUCGCCCAAAUGUCAGCGGAGGAAAUGGCCGGCACAGAGCUCCGGCAGCUCAGGGCGGAGUACUCCUCCCAGGGUGUGAGUGAGAGGCAGCUUCCUCAAGGGAUAGAAGGGACCCCGACACAUAAAAUUCGCUGCAAAAAGUGUGGAGGAUCAGACUGCAGGGUGACGCAGGUGUCCAGGGGUGCCCUUUUCUUGCCUGCAUGGGUGAGGCGAGGAAGCCCUGAUGAGGAUGCAAUGACUUUUGUGACCUGCAGCAGGUGUGGGCAGCAGUGGUACCACAGUGGCUGGGUCUGUCUCUAAAUCCAAGUAUUAUUAUUAUUAAUCCACUGUUUGGUCCAUAAAGUGACAGAAAAUGG